CAUGUUCAACCUUCCGUGAGCUCAGUAUAAAUGCCGAUCUUGCUGAACAAAGAAUAUCUCAGUUACUUGAUGUAUUAUUUGGUUUUGGAUGAAAACGAUUGAAUUUUAUUUCAAGAAAAAAAAAUGAUUGCGUUUUACUUGUGGAUUGUCGUGUUGAGUGUUUUGUACUUGUGGUUGAAGCGUGUGUACAGUUACUGGGAAGGAACGAAUUUCCCAUAUAUAAAACCGUCGAUUCCGUUUGGAAAUCUGUCGGGUUCAUGGCAUGGGCAAAAAUCACUUGGCAAAGAGCUAUACGAUCUUCAUCGUACCUCAAAGAAGCCCAUUGAAGGUGUUUACUUUUUAUUUCGACCCGCUUUAAUGGUACGUGAUGCAAGUCUCGUUCAAAAUAUUUUAAAGACAGAUUUUACAAGCUUUUAUGACCGCGGAUCUUAUCAUAAUCCAAAUGAUCAAGUUGCCGACAAUUUGUUCGUGAAAGAAGGACAAGAUUGGAAAUCAUUGCGAGCUAAGCUGACACCAACAUUUUCAUCUGGUAAACUCAAGGCCAUGAUGCCAACAAUCAUUCAAAUUGCCGACAAUCUUAGACGAAAACUCGCCCCAUUGGCCGAUAACAAUGAAAUUAUCGACAUCAAGAAUUUUACAAUAAGAUAUGGGAUGGAUGUGAUUGGAACGGUUGGCUUUGGCUUAGAUGUGAAUUCAAUCGAUGAUCCAAAUCAUUCGUUCCGUGAAAUUGAAAAUCAAGUAAGCGAUGGCGGUUUUAUCAAUCGCAUAAGGCUGAUUGGAGUUUUCUUUUGUCCAAAACUCCUCGAAAUCCUUCGAAUGUCGUGGUUGUCGCAGCGAUUCCAGGACUACAUGGUUGGAAUUGUGAAGAAUACAAUGGAAUAUCGUGAACAAAAUGGUGUUUUCCGAAGGGAUUUCAUUCAAUUGCUGAUGGAAUUGCGCAAAACGGGAAAACUCAGUAGCGACGAUGCAUUCCAAUCGGGGGCAAAUGAAACAAAUACAAAUGAAUCCAAUGUAGAAUCGCUUACAAUUGAACAAUGCGCGGCUCAAGUGGGCUUAUUUUAUUUGGCGGGAUUCGAUACCACCGCCUCAGCUGUAGCCUAUACGCUGUUUGAGUUGUCGCGAAAGCCAGAGCUUCAGAAGAGACUGCAAAAUGAAAUCGAUAGCGUGUUGGCCAAACACGACAACGCCAUCACGUAUGAAAGCAUCAACGAUAUGCCAUUUUUGGAGAUGUGUGUUAAAGAAUCCUUUCGAAAGUAUCCGACGCUGCCAUUCUUGAACCGAAUCUGCACCAAGGAGUAUCGAAUCGAUAACUUGGGCCUAAUAGUGCCCAAAGGAACACCCGUUGCCAUUUCGUUGCUUGGUCUGAUGAGAGAUCCCCAAUACUUCCCUGAUCCAGAGAACUAUUGGCCCGAUCGUUUUUCGGACGACAAACCCAUGUACAAUGCAGAUGCAUUCAUUCCAUUUGGUGAUGGUCCUCGUGCGUGUAUUGGUUUCCGUAUGGGAAAGGUCACGACCAAAACAGCGAUCGUUUCAAUAUUGAAAAGCUACAAUUUCGAAUGUGAAAAUGAUCGUGAACUUGUUAUGGCUAGUAACGCAUUUACAUUAUCUAUUGAAGGUGGAAUCAACGUCAAGAUAUCGAAUCGACAAAAAUAGUGUU